AUGAACUUGGUAAAUACUAAGUGGUUGGAGAAGAAUACCUACUCGUUUUUGGACUCUGCCGUGGCUCCUUUAGAGCAAGUGCAAGAACAAAAAUCUUUGAUUUCUUGGCUGACAGAUGGACAACUUUCUUUGGUUUUGCCAGUAGUUGCGUACUGGUCGUUUUCGAUGUUUUUCCACGUCAUCGAUACGUUCGAGCUGGCAGAACGUUUCAGAAUUCAUCCACCAGAGGAAGUGCAGAAACGGAAUAAAGCCAGCCGGAAAGAAGUGCUGGGGGAAGUGCUUUUGCAGCACAUGAUUCAGUCCGUCACUGGUCUCGCAAUGUUGUAUAUGGAUCCAGCUCCCAGCACCGGGUUCGAGCAACGGGCGAUGUGGGAGUUGAGACAGCUAGCACCCAGCUGGGUGCCCAAUAGGGCGAUCUACGUGGGCUACACGUACGGGAUUUCGCUGGCCAAAGUUUUCGUCGGCUUCUGCAUCAUCGAUUCGUGGCAAUACUGGCUGCAUCGUCUGAUGCACACCAACAAAACGCUGUAUCGGCUGUACCAUUCCAGACACCAUCGGCUGUAUGUCCCUUACGCCUACGGCGCGCUGUACAACUCGCCAUUGGAAGGUUUUUUGCUCGACACGCUGGGAACCGGUAUUGCGGCGAUUCUAACACGUCUCACCCACCGCGAACAAGUGAUUUUGUUCACUUUUGCAACCCUCAAAACUGUAGAUGACCACUGCGGGUAUGCACUUCCCUGGGACCCAUUUCAAUGGAUUUUCCCCAAUAACGCGGUUUACCACGAUAUCCACCACCAACAGUUUGGCAUCAAGACGAAUUAUGCGCAACCUUUCUUCACUAUCUGGGAUCAAGUCUGUGGCACGAAAUUUCACGAUUUGGAAAAAUACGAGCAUGCUCAGCGUCGUAUUACAAUCGACAAGUACAAGGAGUUCUUGAGCCAAAGGGAAGCCGAUAAGCAGGCCAAAAUGAAGGCUGGUUUCGGAAACAAGAAGGAAAAUUAA